AUGCCGGCCACCGCUGGGAGGGUUCGCAUGCCGGCGAACAAUCGGGUCCACAGCAGCGCCGCUCUGCAGACCCACGGCAUAUGGCAGAGCGCCAUCGGGUACGACCCCUACGCGCCCAACAAAGAGGAGAAGAACAAGUCUACCCACAAGAGCUCCUCCGCCGCCGAGCUCGAGCCCGAGCCCGAGAACCCAUACGCCAGCUUCCAGGGUCUGCUCGCCCUGGCCCGUGUCACCGGAUCCAACGCUGACGAGGUCCGUGGCGCGUGCAAGAAGUGCGGCAGGGUGGGUCACCUGACAUUCCAGUGUAGAAACUUCUUGAGCAUCAAGGACGAGGUCGGUAGGGAAGGUAAGGACUCGGACUCCAUUCAAGCUGCGGCCUUGUCAGGCCUGGAGAAGCUGAAGGGGGAGAGAGUGAAGUCAAAGGGGAAGACUUCCUUAGAAAGCGAGGAGAGCAGUGAGGAGGAGGAAGACAGCGAGAAUUCUGAUUCUGAUUACGAUUCUGAGAUAGAGAGGGCUAUAGCCAGAAAGUAUGGGAAAAAGGUUAGUGGUGGGAAGUCGAGACCGAUUAGUAAGAAGAAUAUAAAUGGUGACAGUGAUGAGAGUAGAAAGAAAGAGAGGAGGAGAGAGAGAGGGAGGUCGAAGAAGAGAAGUGGUGGGAAGAGGGAGAAUAUCAGUGACUCAUCGGAUGAGGAAGAAGGGAGGCGAAAGAAGAAGAAGAAGGAUGAUAGAAGGAGGAGAAGUGAUUUUUACUCUUCGGAUGAGGAUGAGAAUCGUAAGAGGAGAAAGAAUAGGAAGGAGAAAAGAAGGAGAAGGAGCCAUAGAUAUACGGACGAUGAGUCGUCCGAUGAUUCUAUUAAGCAGAGGAAUAAGAGGAGGAGCCGAAAGGGGCAUUCCGAUUCAGAUGUGAGUGGCUCAGAUGAUGACUCGCGAGUUGGGAGGGACAAGAAGAGGUCUGGAAAGAAGAGGAGGGGCCAUAGACGUGAAGAGGAUUAG